AUGGGUCUAUGUGCUAGUAAAGAGAGUCCCAGUCAGCCUACAAGCAGUUCAAGUGACGCUAGACCGGUGCAGCGGACUGGCCAUCAGAAGAAGAGUGAUACAGCUGCGAAAGUGAGUGGGACGACGCAAAGAAACAAGAGUAAGAAGAAACUGGGAGGAGACGAAGUACUUGGAGAAGAGACGCAAAAGAUAUCAGCCAAGGAGGCUGCGAGACUAGCAGCUGAAAAGAGGUAUCAGGAUGCUCAUCAGAAAAAUACCAAAGGUGAGCUAGGCAAGAAACUCGAGCAAGAAAGGGCAAAGUCACAUAAAUCCAAAAUGAUGGAGGAAGCUGAAAUGAGACAAGCUGAACGUGAACGUCUAGAAUGGGAUUAG